AUGUGUGACUAUCGUGGAUCCUCUGGGGAGCCUCAACAACAUCAUGAUGCUGACGAGGCAGAGCAGAGUCUCUCCACAUCAGAACACCUCAAGAAACACCAGCAGAGACCCACUGGGAAGAAAUCUAUUUGCUGCUCUGACUGUGGGAAAGGUUUCAAAUCUUCAUCAGAACUUGAAAUACACCAGCAAGUACACACAGGAGAGAAAUCAUACUGCUGCUCUGACUGCGGGAAACGUUUCUCAAGAUCAAAUUCACUAAAAGUACACCUGAGAAUUCACACUGGAGAGAAAUCUCACCACUGUUUUGAUUGUGGGAAGAGUUACUUAAGAUUAAAAUCACUAAAACUACACAUGAGAAUUCACACUGGAGAGAAACCUUAUAGCUGUGAUCAAUGUGGGAAGAGUUUUACUAUAUCUAGCUAUCUGACUAUACAUCAGAGAACACAUACAGGAGAGAAACCGUAUAGCUGUACUCAAUGUGGGAAGAGUUUUACUCAGUCAAGCAACCUGUUAUCACACCAGAGAAAACACACUGGAGAGAAAUCAUAUAGCUGUAAUCAAUGUGGGAAGAGUUUUACUCAGUCAAGCACACUGGUAUCACACCAGAGAACACACAGAGGAGAGAAACCUUAUAGCUGUGAUCAAUGUGGGAAGAGUUUCACUACAUCUAGCCAUCGGAUUGUACACCAGAGAACACACACAGGAAAGAAACCUUAUAGCUGUACUCAAUGUGGGAAGAGUUUUACUCACUUAGGCAGCCUGUUAUCACACCAGAGAAAACACACAGGAGAGAAAUUUUAUAGCUGUAAUCAAUGUGGGAAGAGUUUUACUCAGUCAAGCAACCUGGCAUCACACCAGAGAACACACACAGGAGAGAAACCUUAUAGCUGUGAUCAAUGUGGGAAGAGUUUUACUAAAUCUAGCUGUCUUAUUGUACACCAGAGAACACACACAGGAGAGAAACCUCAUAGCUGUGAUCAAUGUGGGAAGAGUUUUGUUACAUCUAGCCGUCUUAUUGUACACCAGAGAACACACACAGGAGAGAAACCUCAUAGCUGUGAUCAAUGUGACAAGAGAUACUCUGAUAAAAGAUCUCUAAUCAAACAUCAUAAAAUACAUACAUGAAGUAGUUGUUUCAUGACAUCAAUGAAAUGAUGUCACAAUGUAGAAUGUUUAAACAUUGUAGAAGGAGUAUUGUAAUAAUUUCACAAUGUAGAUCCCUAAACGUUUGCCCCCUGUUCUAUUGAUUUCAACAUGAUAUGGAUAUUAGCCCCGGGGAAAAUCCAGGCUCUGAAUUGAAAGAGUACUAUUUAUGUGAUUCAGCAAAAAGUGACUAACAAAAAAAGAGUUGUGUUACACUUACCACGUUGGUGACUCACUUGAAUCAAAAUGUAACACUUCAAAAUGUAGCUAGCUGUUUCUACAAGUUGUCCUCUAACUAGUGAUGUACACAUUCCCAGAUUCCGUGUGGUUUUUGAGCUGUUAGUUUUAACAGGACAUGCAAUCACGUCUCCCUCCUCUCGCACAAUUGAUUUCAACAUGAUAUCAAUGAGUGAUGACAAGUAAGUGUUGUGUUCCUUUGUUUAGCGACCCCUAAAUUUAAAUGCGUCACUCCAAAAUGUAGCUGACUGUGUUCUGCAGGUUGUCUUCUAACCAAAGAUAUCUCCCAUUUCCAUGUGUUUUUUUUUUUGUGUUAGUUUCAACAGCACGUACAACGUGAUUUCCCCCCUAAUCGAUAUCAGUGAUUUAUUGCUACUUGUCAAAACAACAGCGUUUCUGGUGCUUGUGCAGUUUAUAAGGUGCUUGUAAUAUGAUUACUAUUGUGGCAGAUGUUUGUGUAGUAGAUAGUACAUUUUAUAUUUAGGUUUUCUAUAUAUCACAAACUGUUUCUGCAUAUUGGUUAUUGAAAUGUACAUGUUAAAACUGUGUUUGGAGAUUGGGGCUAUCCCACCAAAAUAGCAAAAUGUUGUUGACAAGACGUCCAAUAUACGUUCGGUUUUAGUUGAAAAGAUGUCGUUUUGUCAGUGACUUGAAAACAACUUAAUUUCAAUGUACUUGCAGCAUGGACGCAGAAUAAUAAAUUGGCCAAUAAUCAA